UAAUUUUCUCAAAACAAAUGCGAUUUAUAUCGAUGGCUAUCGGUGUGAAAAGCUUUGUCUCUAUAGCUGUGAUCAGCUGCAGCCACAAUUUGUUUAUAUAUUAAUGAAAACACAUAUAAUUUGUUGUACCCAAUGUAACAAUGUCGAGCAUUGCCAGCUUGAAUGAUAAGUGCCUGCUUAAAAUUGCAGAGUACCUGGAUAUCGGGGAGCAGCUGUGCCUGUGGCAGGCUACUGAUCCCACAUCUCGCCUUAACAUAAUUCUUUUAAACUGCUGGCAGAGCCAAAACAAUCACUUCUUGCACGGAAAAAUAUUUGAAGAUAAGCCGGAACUUCUUCAUAAAUUUUUGGAAUGCAUUAGUUCUACUGUGGUGAAGCUGACUGUCGUUGAUUUUUCCCUUGACCAGGCCAGUGGUUUCCGGAGUCAUAGCUUUCCCAAGGCACGGGUACUGGAUUAUUCUCGGGAGGAAUCAGAUGUAGACGAUAUGGAGACUCUAGUCACUUGCUUUCCCCUAAUAGAGUCAUUUAAAAUGAGUGUGAAGGACGAAAUAUUAUCUGCUCAUCAUGUGGUGAGGUGGGAGCGUCUACGCAAAUUGGACAUUAUGGAAGCCUCCAUGCACUGGAAAACAAAAUGUUUUCAAGAAGUCUGCCAAAAACUUGAACUUCAGCUUUUGAGUGUAGCAUGGAUAGAAUCCGAGGAAGACGCCUAUGUAGAGGCCAUCUGCAAAUUACAGGAACUGGAGGAACUGCAAUUGGAACUGAUGGUCCUCAGCAGGGAAAACACAAGGAAGCUAUUGACUCUGCCAAAGUUGAAAAAACUUCGCCUUGAUGAAUUCGAAGAUGUAACGGAUCUGCUAGACAUCGUGGUCGAAAUGCGAGGACAAGAUGUAGUUUCACUUACUUGCAACGAAAACUUUUGGCUUUAUCUUAUUCCCAACCAUUUUCAAAAUGUGCGAAAAGUUUGCAUCAUAAAUGAAGGAGUCGUGGAAGGAAUAUGGACAGCUGAAAGCUUUAACAAAAGUCUCAGAGAAUUUCCUUGCUUGGUAGAAUUGUAUUUAAAGGAUACAACCAUUUGGGGUACUGGCGAUGAGUUUUGGGACAUGAUAUACUCCUGUCCCCAGCUUCAAUUAAUAUAUUUGCAUAGUCACGAAAUAGAUGACGGAUGCUUAGAGUUCAGUGCAUCGACAAUGGACAAGGCUUUAUGUCAGCGGCAAAAUCCUUUGGUUAUCCAUUUUUUCAAAACUUCGCAUGAAGAAUUGAUAUUAAAGCUUCUGAGUCAUUCCAAAAUUGAGAUUUCCUUUAAAGUCCUUAAGGAUGCUUAUCCAAAUCUGUACGGUGGCCUUUUGGAACUGGAAUUCAUAGCGUUGAAGUCAUAAAGACUAAUAAAAAUUUGAAAAAUGUAACAGAGUCGUUUUAACCGUAAAUAUUUGUAUCGUAUUUUAAAAGAUGUGGAAUUAAUCAACGC